GUUAAAGAAAAUUUCACGAAUGCUAAAUUUUACCGCUCUACAGAGCGCGUAGUUUGUGGUCACGUUGCGCGUCUGAGAGGCAGUGUCAUUGUGCGUUAGUAGACGUCGGUAGUGAUGUGGAACUUUGCAACGGUGAAAAUAUGACGAAAAUAAACCCAUUUACAAAUAUUCCAUUUCUGCGUGUCGCAAUAAUUCUCUACGUAAUAUCGCAAUGCCUAGCCGCCCUAUCCGACAAACAAUUAUGUUACGACCUCAAUUGUUCAGAACCCAUUUCGUUGGCCAGGACUUUACUCACUUACCAAUCAAACGAUCGGGAGGUAAUGUCAUUUGGUGCCAAUGUAGAAGUCAAAGUUUUCAGUAAAGGAGCUGGAAAACGGACAGAUUUAUGGGGUGUCGAGAUAAAGGGCAAACGUGGAUUCGCUCCCAAGUCACUCCUAAAAGAAUACAAAAUUCUAAAACGUGAUUUGUCAUACGAAGUGCCUGUCUAUAACUUUAAUGAUGAAGCUAACAAAGUUCAGCCCAAGACACUUGAGUCGAAGGAGAAGAAAAGUGGCGAAUCAUUCACUUUGUUGGAAGAUGAAUUGUCUCAGACUGAUAAGACGCCAUCGUUGGAAUCCAUAGAUGACAGUACCAUAGAAGAAUCAUCUCAUGGGAUCAGUGCAGAUAGCAUAUCACCUUCUUACGAGGUGAUAGAUGGUACCACAGUCUAUUUUGAGGGUAGUCCAUCUGUGCAACCCAAUUUUGUAGCUGAGGUUGCACAGGCUACUGCAUUGCCAAAUAAACAGGCUGCAAUGACUUCUGAUUCUGAAACAGUUCGCGAAGAACUAUCAUCUGACAAAGAUACAUUUAUCAACAACAAAAAGUUACAGCCAAGUACGAACGACGCCGAUGAACUUAAAGAAACUCCAUCGUCGGUAGAUACUCAGAAACAAACUAGCUCCGACGUACCGCUUGAGAAUCCAGAAAGUAUAGUCGGUUCAACCUUAGACAUAGCGAGCAAAGAUGGCAUUUCGGCAGUCGAUGAAAGCAGUAAAUCUGAGAAGGAUUUAUUGAAAAAUGUAGAACAUAUGGAAACAUCAGAUGAUGCAGAGGAUGAUGAAGAAGAGGAAGAUACCGAAGAAACUACUGAAAGUGGUGGUAUAUUUGCCUCCAUUACAAAAACGUUAAAAAUUUUAUCCAACUCAGAAGAAACUGUGGCAACAGAGAGCACCCCCACUACUCAAAGCAGUGAUGAUACAGCUGCUUUUGAAGUUGCUAUUGAGAGCAAUCUGCAAUUGGAGGAACAAGUUUCAAAAAAUAUUAGAGUUGAGGAAGCUGUAACUGAACAAAUUCUUCCAUCUACUCAAAAGUUGAAUUCAAAUAUAGAUCAAAGUAUUAUAAAUAAAGAAAAGAUAGAAACACAGCAAGAAAUUAUACGCGAGAGUACUGAGAGCGCAGAAAUUUCAGACGAAAAGAUAAAGGAAGCUGUCACGAUUAUUUUGGAAAGUACAACAUCUAGCGACGUGCCUUCAUCGAAUAAUUUUGUACAUGAAAACGCUGAAAAGCCUGCCAAAGAAUUGCCAACAGUACCUUCAAUUUUAGCAAACGAUAGUUCUGUAUCCGCUAAUGCCGAUGUUACUAGCCACAUUGAAAAUAUUGAAAUACAGGAAAUAAGUGAGGCAAAUAAAGUUACGGAAAAUAUUGAUGCAAUUACUUCUGAUAAAGAGGACUCAACAGUCUUGUCUAAUUUGCAAAAAACUGUUCAAAGUAGCAAUGAGCAAAAAUUAUCAGAAAGUGAUGAAGCACAUUUAGAAAAUACAAAUAAAGAUACCGAUUACAAAGAAACAAUUGACCAAGCAGAUAAAAUUGUAAAUGCUGAAAUUUCAGAAAGUACUAGCUUACCGUCUGAAACGGCAGAAAGUAUUGCAAUGACGGAAUCAUCCUCUGAGAAUGACGUCGGUGAAAAUAUAGUAAAUACGGAAAAGGCAUUAAAUCACAGUGCUGUGGAUAUGCAAUUUAAUAAGGAAUCAAUUGUACAUAGUUAUGUAAAUAGAAUUGAUGACUUCGUUAAUGAUACUAGUGUCGACAAUGUUCCUAUAGAAUCUGAUGAAUUCUUGAAUGGUAUAAAAUCUAGCGUUCUCAAGCCAGAGCAAUCUAUAGAGUCUAGUCAAGAACGCAUGAUCUCAGAGCAAACAAUGACUUCCAACGAAUUUCUCAAGAGACAAAUUUUUACUCAAAAUUUAGAACACAAAGAUAUCGAAAGUCAGAUCGAUAAAUCUGUGAAAGAAGAAGAAACCUUGCCUGAAUAUGGUGAGCACAUAAACAGUGAAGAUGAGGUUUUGAACGAGAAUAAGGAUGAAGAUAAUAGCUUGGAAAAACCUACAUACAUACCAGGUGAAACAGAAGAUAAAGUUUGUACGAAUGAUCACAAAUGCGAAAUUGAGACAACAACAGAGUUUCUGAACCAAAAGGGAGACUUCGAAAAUGAAGAAGAUAAUUUGUUUGAUGUAACAAGAUUGGAUCAUAAUUAUUGGAAAACAUUGAUGUAUCUGUGUGUAACAGCUUUUACAACACUCACGUUCACUCUUGGAUAUUAUUACAUUGAGAACGUAAGAAGAGAUGGGCAACUCAUUGCGAGAAUUAAUAAACUCGAGAAAGAGUUGUUAGUCUCAACAAAAGAAUGUGAAGUGCUCGGCGAGAAUCUAAAAUCUGUCAAAGAUAAGUUGCAUUGCAUAGAAGAUGAAUCAUUUGGUUCUAACGAAAUGGUUGUAUCGCUAAAAGCUGAUUUAGAAAUGUCACAGAGCACAAAGAUAGAGUUGGAGGAACAAGUAAGUAUGUUGGAGAAAGAUUUAGAAAAUGCGACAGAAGCUGGAUUAGAGCUCGAGCGUAUGCUAAGAGAGGUUUUGUCAUCGAACAAUGAAGUUAACCCUUUGGCUCAGUCAGUGGAAGAUUUACAAGCACGAUUAGACGCUCAACAAGCCGCGAAUGAAUCCUUGACGAAUGCACUGAAUUUUAAGGCUCAAGAGAUUGAAGUUUUAUCAGCAGAUCUUGUCUCUGCUAAGAAGAAAUGUGAGGAACUUGAAAUAGAAUAUUCGCAAGCACAGGAUGAAUUGGCGACUCAAAAAAAUCUUAAAAACGAUAUAGAACAAACGCUAACAAAUAAAAUACAUAAUUUGGAAGAGCAAGUAAACGAAUUGUCUAUUGAAAAGUCGUCAUUGUAUAAAGAGUUGAGAGGCAAAGAGAUAGAAGUGAAAGAACUAUUGGAAAUUAUUAGCCAAGUAAAAUCAAACAAUUUAGAUUUGGAAAAGUUAUAUGACGUAUCUCGCAUUAAAAUUGAAGCAGUGCAAUUGCGUGAGGAGAGGGACGAAUUAAAGAUGCGAUUAAAUGAUGUUGAUGGUGCUCACCAAUUGUUAGAAGAGCAUAUGAAAAUUGUUAAGGAGGAAAUAGUCGCUUUAAGCGAUCAAUGUAAAAUGGCUGAAAAAGAAAAGAAAGAUGCAGAGACACGACUUGAGGUUUUGUCAAAGUUCUUCCAAGAAAAGGAAACCGAACGGCAAAAGGAAGAAGCCAUUUGGUUACAAAAACAAGGAGAAGUAAUGUCGACGGUUGAAAGGUUGCAUACAAUGCAAAAUGAAAUUCAAAAUUACAAGCAACAAAUAGAGGUGUUAAAACGAGAGAUCGUAGAUCAGGAGAGAGAAUACAAAAAUCAAAUAUCUACUCUAGAAACAAAAGCACACGAGCAAUGGGUUGCUGCCCGUCAAAACGAACGUCGUUUGGAAGAAUCGAAAGCUGAGGCCGGCCAGUUACGUAAUCGCCUUACACUUGUAGAGAAAAACUUAAAUGACGCCGAUCCUGAAGCAAAACUACACCGCCUGGAAACGAACGGGGAAACGGCGACUUCCCCGCCACUGUUCAUAGGAGCAGAAUCGUCCAGUUCUCCCGUAAUGUUUAGUGGUUCCUCGGGAGUCCCACCGCCCCCGCCACCCUCCUAUCGGGCGAAUUGUUUCCCACCAUAUUUACCGCCCUUGCCACCGCCAGUCGUUGCUUCUGGUUUACCUCCGUACGAUAUUAGUCAACGUCCUCCGCCUCUUGGCGGCAGACUAUCAUCACCCCCGCCGAUGUUACCGCCGCCGGCAUUGCAUCGUCCUCCGGCAUCCGGGGGCAGAUAUGAGAACGCCGGUACGCCGCCACCGCCUAUGUCUCCGCCGCAUUUACUUCCACGCUUCGAUCACCAUAGAUCACCGCCUCCAUUCGGUGGCGAUUAUAUCCCGCCUCUUCCUCCACCUGGCACAAUUUUUCCUCCACCUCUCGGGGCGACACAUCCAUGGGGUGAAGAAUCACUGCCGCAUCCGCGCAAUUCUGGUUUUCAUCCUCAUCAACGAGAGCAACGUGCGCGCAAUCAUAAAGGACACAAUCGUUUCUUCAAAGUGAAACAAUUUUGGAGUACUAUGGAAGGAAAUAAUACCAAAUAAAAUGUCAGGUUCCUUACAUUCUUCGGGAGAAUCGCUGGAUAAAGGGCAUCAUGGGAAAGUCUAAGUUUUGUAUCUUGUUAUUCAAUAUACUUGUACAAAGGCCAAAUCAUCACUGUAUCAGUGAGAGUUCUCAUUGUAUUACAAUUAUAAAUAAAUAAGUGAUGAUGAAAAUUGUACGUCGAAUAUAUAUUAACAGAAAGAAACGUAUUAUACAGGGAUUCAUUAAACAGUGUCAAUGUUGUUAUUAUAUAUCUGUGAUUAUUAUAUAAUAGACUGUUUCCCUAUUGCUUUUGUUAAAUUUUUUUAUCAUCCGUUAUCCGACAAAUUAGCAAUUCUUUUGUUUUACGAUUUUAGAAAUACGUAUAGCAAGUUAUUUGUAAAAAAAAAUUGAGAAAAAUAUUUUUAUACGUUCUAAUUGUACCGUAAAAACGAAAGAAACAUUACAAACUUGUAAUUAAGUUAUACAUCUCUGGUGAAAACAUUUAUAUAUAUACUUUAGAUAUAAAGAAAUGUUUGACUUGUAGUAAAAUAAAAUGUAAUAAAAUUCUUAUAAUCAAUGUA